GAGAGGGAAGGAAGGAUUGAGAGGGAAGGAUUGAGGGAAGGAGGGAAUAGUUGUGGCAUAUGAGGGGUGGGAUGCCGAUUCCAAGGAGUGGUCGCACGGGCGGAGGGGUGGGGAACGGAGGGCCGCCGCAGCGGACGCAGUUGCCGUCGCGGGAGCUUUUGGACGAUCUGUGCAGCCGUUUCGUGCUGAACAUGCCGGAGGAGGAGCUGAAGUCGUUUGAGAGGAUACUGUUCUCUAUUGAGCAAGCGCACUGGUUUUACGAAGAUAAUGCGAUGGAGCAGAACAUGGCCUUGAAGGCUAUGACCCUGCGUGAGUUUUCGUCGUUGAUGUUCCAGAGCUGCGCCGCGUUGCGGCCUUAUCUUACGCAAAUUGAUAACAUAUACAGAGAUUUCACUAUGUACAAGACCAGGGUCCCCGUGACGGGUGCGAUCAUUCUGGAUGAGAGCUUGGAGCGGUGCUUGCUUGUGAAAGGGUGGAAGGCAGGCGCAAGCUGGAGCUUUCCGCGAGGGAAGAAGAACAAGGAUGAGGAGGACUCUACCUGUGCAGUGAGGGAAGUUGUGGAGGAGACGUCGUACAAUAUCAAGCCCAAACUGAACCUGGAUGAUCACUUGGAAGUGGUGGUAGGGCAGCAGCGAAUGCGACUGUUCAUUAUUCCGGGCGUGAAGGAUGACUUCUUGUUCGAACCUCAAACGAAGAAGGAGGUGAGCGAAAUAGCGUGGCACAGGUUGGAUGAACUGCCAGUUUCUAACGGUGAGUCUGUAUUGCACCAUCGGGGUCCCACUGGAUUCAAAUAUUUCAUGGUGUUCCCAUUCAUUGUGCCUCUCAAGCUUUGGAUCUCGAAGAGGCGACUCCAGUAUCCGAAGCGAGUGAAUCCGGUUCCAACUGUUUCUGUCUGGAAGGUGAAAAACAACUCCUCGGGUGGAGGAUUCGGUCCUUUGUCCCAAAAUUAUGUGUCGGCUGUGAUGCCUGUAUUUCCUGCAGCUGUGGCUGCUCCUGUGCCGUUACCGGAGAAGAUAAAGAGUUCUCCAAGGAGUACACCUGAAACAUCACCGAUGAGUACCCCGAAGACAUCUCCGAUCAGCACCCCAAGGAGCUCUCCAAGGAGCACACCAAAGAACUCUCCAAGGUCGACCCUACCGACCGUCCUGAAGGCCACAUCAGGGAUCACUCCUAAGUUGAUUCCACCGAUGGUUCCGAAGACACCUCCAAGCAUCCCCCCUAAAACUGUUUUGAAGGGUCCCCCUGGUAACGCCUUUCGGAAUUUCAGGUUUGACUUUGCUCAAAUCCUGAAGCAACUUGAUGGUUAGCGCGCAAACUACGAAAUGGGGAAGUUGCCCUCGUUGGUGGGCUGCGUCUUGUGGCGAUGGAACCAUUAGAUUUCUCGCUCCCUGUCUUUCCUUAAUGAUUGGGGUUGAGUUCCUUUGACCAUUUUGUAAUCUACCGUUUUCUGUGUCUUAUCCUUUUUAGAACAUGGCUAGAUCUUAGUUUUUGCGAACCCUGGCUCUAAUACACCUCUAGUAUAUAAUACACCCACUGAAGAUGUCAUUGACGAGGGUGAAACAGAUAAGGGUUAAUCUCGAGGGUCAUGCCUCUAUUGCAGUCUGCACCUGAUCCUCUAAGCCAUAGUCAACAUUUUGUUGCAUCCCUGCGGAUCACAAGAGCAGAUGUACAUGCGCUGAGAGAGGUCAAAUGACCUCGAUAAUGUGGAGAUGAAACCACAAUUCUCCUAGCCCCUGAAGUUUCGGACAAAAUCAAGAAACCUCACUGUGGCGCUGUGAAAGAUUGGUUUGAGCAAGUUGAAAUCUCAGAAGAGAUUGAAGAUAGUCUUUAAUCAACCCUUUUGUGGGUUCAGAAUUGAGGGAUCAACUUCUCUCGGGAAAGAUACAGUUGAUCAAACCGUGGCAUGUGCCAUGAGUGUGAGGAGGGAUAUGACGAAUUUUUGAGUCGCGUCCCUGCGUAGCCUUAGGAUAGCAUUCAGUGAUAGAACGAUUCAUUGAGGGGUUGGGCUGUUGUGUAAAUGAAAGCUGUGGAUUGUGCAUUAUUAGUGGUGAUAGGAUGAGGAGAUAUGCUACUUUUUUUUGGCAUAUCUCGGCAUCACAUGUUCUAUAGUUUUAGUUUGUAGGUGUGAUUUAGUAUAUAGCAUUGGAGAUCAUUUAAUUUGUGGACAGCUGAGAAAUGGCUCAUGUCUGAGCUAUACGAGGUAAUUAGUUUGGUACUUGCUAAGGAGAGACAACGAAGGCGCUGGAGUCAAAGCAUAGCUGGAUCCUGAGACGGAAGGCUCUGCUAAUCUUCAGUGUGCUAUGAUGUGCGCUUGGGACAAAUGCUAUAUUCGCUACCUGUCAAAGAUACCACUGCGUCAUAGAACAGAAACUGAGGAAGAGAGCUUUGAAGGCAUGUUUAACACGAGCAAAGUGUCUAUCUACAAGAAGUGCCUGCGCAGCGUUUACUGCAGAAUGUUCGAUCAUUAGAGAAAUGCAGAUGCCAUUCAAGGCUUGAAGUGGUCGAGAAUCAUCUAUUAGGGCCGUCAAAGAAAUGUUCGAAAUCAAUUUGUUUAUGCUAAUACGUUUAUCAUAUGUGAACGAUCAUAUAUCAGCCAUCAUGUAAUGGCUAUUAGACUCGUUUGUUGAACUCACAUAAGUAAUCAUUGUUACUCUAAACUUCCUUCGUACUUAUUUGUGUUAUCUUAGAAUUUCAAAAAUUCGUUAUUUGUGAGUAGGAAACUAUGUGUGAACGUUACCAUUCUUUCAAUUCUUAGAAAUAGGAAUAGGAUGGGUAAUUUCAUGGGCACGUAUUAUACUGAUUCUACUAUAAUAAAUAUACUUUUCAUGAUUAUAA